CGGGGCUCAGCCAAUCAGAUCGUCCGGUCUGGCUGUACUUGACCGGUGCGUCCGCCUCUUCGUCAGGUAGACGGAGCACAGCGGCGGAAGUCUUGAUCCAGACCUGCAUCAGUCUCCUUGCAUUGACCAUCAUGGCGGUGAACGGCUCAGCAGACAUUUUGGGCUCUGCCUACCUCGCAGUGGAGUAUGUAGAUGCAGCGCUUCCAGACAACCCCUUCCAGCCGUCACUGAAACAAGCCUGGGGCUACAUGCUGGACAACUACACCAAGUUUCAGAUCGCCACCUGGGGAUCUCUCAUCAUACAUGAGUUGGUCUACUUCCUCCUCUGCCUGCCUGGUUUCAUCUUCCAGUUCCUGCCUUUUAUGCAGAAAUACAAGAUCCAAAAGGACAAACCAGAAACCUGGGAGAAGCAGUGGAGAUGUUUCAAGAUGCUGUUGUUCAAUCAUUUCUGCAUCCAGCUUCCGAUGAUCUGUGGGACCUACUACUUUACUGAAUACUUCAACAUCCCCUACGACUGGGACUCAAUACCACGCUGGCCCUACGUCCUGGCUCAGUGCUUGGGCUGUGCAGUUAUUGAAGACACCUGGCACUACUUUCUCCAUCGUCUGCUGCACCAUCGCAGGAUCUAUAAAUACAUCCACAAAGUCCACCACGAAUUCACUGCUCCGUUCGGAAUGCAGGCGGAGUACGCCCACCCUGCGGAGACCAUCAUCCUUGGAGCUGGGUUCUUCAUCGGCAUCAUGAUCUUCUGUAACCAUGUGUUCUUCCUCUGGGCCUGGGUGUCCUUCCGCCUGCUGGAGACCAUCGAUGUUCACAGUGGCUAUGACAUCCCUCUGAACCCGCUCCACCUCAUCCCGUUCUACGCCGGUACCCGUUUCCAUGACUUCCACCACAUGAACUUUGUUGGUAACUACGCCUCCACCUUCACCUGGUGGGACAAGCUGUUUAAGACGGACAACCAGUACAACAAGUACAUGCAGAAGCUGGGAGACAAGAAGGAGCAGUAAACCACUCACACAUCUGGUUUAUCAGAAGGACUGAGGCAGUGGGUCGAGCAGACAGAGAUUGAAUGCAUCAGCCCUGGAGACACUGUUUCUCCUCCAUUACACUUAAAGAAAGUGUCUUUUUUGGUGAAAGUGUCUUUUUUGCAGCUGAACCAGCUGUGACAUCAGUACCAAUUCUGUGCCUUUUUGGAAAAGCAUUGUCCCCUGUCAACAGCUGUAUGAUGAAUAAAACGACUCAACAUCCUCAUUUUGAUUUGUUGCUUUGCUUCGUCAUUGAAUGAAAACGUGUAUUGCAUGUCUUGUGAAAUGCUUCUGUUUUUCUGUUAUAUGUCUUAGCACUUAAACGCUUCCUCUUCCGUUAAAGUGAGUCCAACUGAUACACUUUACUGCAGUUCACUGGAAACUGCCUGAACUCACUACAUGUUUGUUUGAUGCAAACACAUGUCAUUUUUCACUGAGAAGGGAUCGGCACUUACAGGUUUUUUCAGCCUGUUUUGACUAUAAAUGCUGUUUUUGAUAUUGCACAAAUUACCUCCUUGACAAGUGUUUUUUUUCUGUCAUAUUUGAAUAAAUAUACAUGAACAAGUAA